AUCCUUUGACGCGCUGAUUCAUAGAGUACAAAUACCUAUAGAGCACGCUCUAUCUCUCUCUUUCUCUACCUUCUUCCGGAGUCCCCGAUCAUUUCCCGGCGUUAUAUAAAUUCAUUUGCCGGAAAAUCCCGAUCCGAUUGAAGGUUCUCAUAAUCUCGAAGGUUAGCGUGUAGAUCGGACCGAUGGCUCCUGUUUCGGCUCUCGCCAAGUACAAGCUCGUGUUCUUAGGAGAUCAAUCCGUGGGAAAAACCAGUAUCAUAACUCGCUUCAUGUACGAUAAGUUCGACAACACAUAUCAGGCCACAAUUGGAAUAGAUUUCCUGUCAAAGACAAUGUACCUUGAAGAUCGUACAGUGAGAUUGCAGCUCUGGGAUACAGCAGGGCAAGAGAGAUUCAGGAGUCUUAUACCUAGCUAUAUCAGGGACUCGUCUGUUGCUGUGAUUGUUUAUGAUGUUGCAAGUCGGCAGUCAUUCCUUAACACAGUAAAUUGGAUUCAAGAGGUUAGGACUGAGCGUGGGAGUGAUGUUAUAAUUGUCCUUGUCGGGAAUAAAACUGACCUUGUGGAUAAAAGAAUAGUCUCGAUAGAGGAAGGAGAAGCUAAAGCUAAGGAAUUGAACGUCAUGUUUAUUGAAACCAGUGCAAAAGCUGGAUUCAAUAUAAAGGCACUGUUCAGAAAAAUAGCAGCAGCAUUGCCAGGAAUGGAGACCUUAUCGACUGCAAAAUCAGAAGGCAUGGUUGACGUUAAUCUCAACUCUACCAACUCAAAUUCAGGGCAGUCUCAACAGCAGUCCGGAGGGUGUGCCUGUUGAUCUCUUUCGUACUAUUCCCAUUUCUCCUUCUGAUCUUCUCAGGGUCUGUAGAGAUCUUCUUCCAUAGCAGCAUUUCAGGUGUGGCCAUGUUUGACACUUAUUUUUUUUGGCUGUGGAGGUGUUAAAAGAUGCAGGGUAUUAUUGUCUUUUGUCAUAGUUCCAUUAUCAGAAAUGGUGUGCAUUUCUCAGCUCUUAUAUGUAUCAAUUUUCUAGUCCUGAGCCGUUUAGGUAUAUUCUUGUGUUUAGUUUUGCAACGUUGUUCCUCGGCCUCGAUCAUAUUGAACUUCUGGUCAUGUGUUUCUUUAUUGUUCAUGCGGUUCUUGUCACAGAUUUGAACUUUGCACGUGUGAGAGUUCUUUCACCAAUGUGCCCUUGAAAACUACGGGUUGGAAGGGUUUUUUUCUCAAACUUAUGUGUGUGUGCACACACACAUGAAAUGCUUAUUCGAAAAUAGUCAUUUGCGUAUGCCAAGCAUUAUGUUUUUUAUGAAAUGGGCGAAAUCAUAGCAAAGUACGUAACUAACAAUAUCAAAUGUCAGCUGUUACGAUAUCUGCGGUUACGAUUCACCCUUCCGAAAUCCGCCAUCUUUUUCGACCCAUUUUUGCAAAGCAUCAUCGGAGACUUCGCCGGAGCUCUUAUAUCGCCGGCGUACGUCAUCUCCGGCGGUAUACUCUUCUGGUUCCAUUGCCUGUUAGGGCUAGCGCGAACUAGCGGACUCAGGCAGAACGUCAUUCCAGAGAUGUUCCGCGGCACCAUGGCUCUCCGCCCAGGGGCGAGCGCCGGCGUCCUCCUUGGCGUUCGCUUCCACCCCUGCGAAGAC